AAUAGUUUCUCUAUGGAAAAUCACCAGCAAAAGGAGGUGACACAAGCGCGACAACUGGUGUCAGAAGUGGGAUCAUCUACAGGACUCUUGUGAGUGAAUUCAAUCGCAAAGAUAAUAUCCAAGCCCACCCUGAACUAAUUACAACUUAAAGACAAGCUACAACUAAAAAGAAAAAAAUAUAUAUACCGCACUGAGACAGUAAUAAGCUGCUACAUUGUUGCGGCAUAGCACUUCCGGUCCAACCCUUCACAAUAAGAGCACAAGAAAAAAACUUGCCAACGGAAAAAUAAAUAAAUAAAAUGACAGAGGAUUUACAAGAUGCUACAGCAGGCCCUGGAGAGGCAGACACACCUCCAAAGUGGUUACAAGCUGUGCUGGAAAAUCAAAAUCAACAAACAAGACACUUUCAAAUGAUGUUGGCUCCUGUACUUUCACACAUAACGGGACAAUCAACUGUACAACAAACCCAAGCAUCACAUACUGUUCCUGAGAGGAGUGAUGACUUGAUUCCAUUGCAUUCUACAAGAGAAAGGUCUGCAUGUGAAACACAUGCCUCUUUGGAUGUGACAACUAGACCACGUGUUCAUACUCCUUUUGCCGCUGAGCUGGAGGUUAUAAAUCAAAGAUCACAAAGUUCAGGCCCAGUGAGACGAACCACCAACCCUGGACCUGACCCAGGACACAGAGACACUAGGGACACUGAACCUGAGGUCCCACACACUUUUACCUACCACAAUGAAAGAAGGCAAAAUAAUACUGGAGGCUAUUACAACAACUGUUCAGAGCUUCAGAGGCCUAAAUUAGCCACCUAUGAAGGAGAUGAAGAUUGGGACUCUUUUCUGAUGCCAUUCGAACGCCAAGCCAGAAAACACGGAUGGAGUGCUGCUGAACGAGUGGACAGGCUGCACGAGUGUCUGAGAGGAGCUGCAGUACGCUACAUCUGCUCAUUACCAGAGCGCACAAGGGAAGAUUAUGUUCUCUUGGUUGAACAACUCACUCAACGCUUUGGGAAAAAAGACCCUCCCACAACAGUAAGAAGAAGACUGGGAGAACUUCGACAAGGGCGGGAGACAUCAGCUGAGUUUGCAGAGGAGGUUAGACGCCUGACUACACUUGCAUAUCCAGGGGUAGAUCUCCAGCUGCAGGACCAAUUGGCAACUGAUGCUUUCCUCAAAGGCUUAAGGAACCAGAAAGUGGCAUUCGAAGUCAUGAAUCGUGACCCAAGCUCCUUUGUAGAGGCUCAAAGGUUUGUGGAGGCUCAUGAGCAUAACUUUAGAGCUACUGUGGGUCGGGACACGGAAGUAAAAAACAGAGCAAGGCGCAUUUCAUGGGUUGAUGAGGGGGACAUGUGCGAUGACAGCGCAUCAACGUCCCGCAGGGUCAGUACUCCUCAGUAUGUCACAGCUGACCAGUUUGCUGCACUGGCAGAACAAGUGAAGACCCUUGUUAACACCGUGGGGAAUCUACAGCUCCAGGUUGCCAAUUUACAGCCCAUAAGCAUUGUAUCCCAAAACUCCAAGGCAGCCCAAAGCUCUAUACCAGAGAGAAAACAAAAUUACCAACACAUGCAGCCCAGCAGAGGGCGUUCUCAAACUCCAAGUCCAAAUCGUGGAACAACUGGCCCAUGUUUUAAGUGUGGAGAGACAGGACAUUUUAGGAAGGACUGCAGUAGGGCUCCCAGUCCUGUGACUGCAAGACACAAUAGUGACAAGUAUAUAGACAACCCACUGCAGUCAAAUGGAAGCACAACCUCAGAUUCCCAACUACAAGGCAGACAGGUUGGCUGCACAGAAAGGAGGGGUGAGAGUCUGCAAAUUCUUUUGACCAUAAAUGGUAUCCCAAUGCAGGCCGUAGCUGAUACUGGAGCUCAGACAACUGUGAUAUCAGAAGAGCUGUAUCAGAGAAUCCUGAACGGUAACCCUGCACCUACAGACCUACACCAUACAUACCUACUAAAUGCAGGAGUUGGAGAUGGCAUGAAAGCUAAACAUGGACUCACAGUGACCUUCCAGAUUGGGUCCAAAUCCAUAGACUGGGAAGUGCAUGUAGCCCCUAUAAGAGACUCUGUCCUCCUUGGAUUGGAUCUGAUGAAGGCCCAUGAUGUUGUCAUCUAUACCCAAGGCAAAGUUUUCAUUGGGGAUGAAUUGGUCCCCUCCAAAAUUGUGCGAGAUGAUGGCUCAGACUACUGUGUGGCUAGAGUAACUCUGGAAAGAACCUCAAUCAUCCCAGCCAAAUCUGAAUGUGUCGUGUGGGGUGAAGUGGAGGACCCACAGCCAGGGGUUACUGCAUUCUUGGAACCCCUGAACAUUGCAAAUAAUGUAGUCUCUGGAAGUGUUGUUGUCACCAUGAAGACAAAGGUGCCAGUCAGAGUGUGCAAUUUUUCAACCAAGAGAGUGGCUCUACAGAGAGGAGUAUGUCUUGGACUCCUAGUUGAGGUUUAUCCUCUACCCCCAUUUGCACCAAAACCAAAUUCAAUGCCUGCACCAUCACUGGUGGUUGGGAGGGUAGCAACAAUCUCUGACAUUCCUGAGCAUCUCCAAAGUUUGGUGGCUACCAUAAGUGAGACCCUCAGUGAGGAACAGCAACAGCGAUUCAUUCAGCUACUCCUCACGUACCAAUCCAUCUUUGCUAAAAGUGACUCUGACCAUGGCUACUUAUCUGCUGUAACACACAAAAUUGACACUGGGUCUGCCAAACCUGUGCGUCAACCUGUGAGAAGAACCCCUCUUGGAUUUCAAGGCGAGGAGGAAGUACAUCUUAAAAAAAUGCUGGCAGAUGGCGUAAUCACACCAUCAGCAUCUGAGUGGGCCUCUCCAGUGGUCCUAGUUCGAAAAAAGGAUGGAGGAGUAAGAUGGUGCGUAGAUUAUCGCUGUCUGAACAAUCUAACAAUCAAGGAUGCUUAUCCAUUACCCCAGAUUGAAGAAUGUCUUGAUGUUGUGGGUGGAGCCACAAUGUUCUCUACUCUUGACCUUCAAUCCGGCUAUUGGCAGAUUGCAGUGGAUAGUAAAAAUCGAGAAAAGACAGCAUUCAUCACCAAAUGGGGCCUUUAUGAAUACACUCAAAUGCCAUUUGGACUAUGCAAUGCUCCAAGUACGUUUCAGAGAGCAAUGGAGCUCGUUCUCGGGGGCCUUCAGUGGGAAACUCUUCUCAUCUUCCUGGAUGAUGUCAUUGUCAUUGGAAAUGGAGUAGACCAAAGUUUGGAUCGGCUCGAGCAGGUUUUCCAGAGGUUCCAAAGCUAUGGAUUAAAGUUAAAACCAGCAAAAUGUCAUCUGCUGCAGGAAGAAGUUCUCUUCUUGGGUCACAUUGUGAGUGGCAAAGGAAUCAGUCCAAAUCCAGCCCUCAUAAAGGAUGUACAGCAGUGGAACUCCCCCAAUAACUUACAGGAACUACAAACUUUUCUUGGGCUGUGUAACUAUUACCGGAAGUUUGUACCCAAUUUUGCAGAGCUGGCAAGCCCCCUCCAUACUCUUCUCAAAAAGGGGACAGUGUUCCUUUGGACUGAUGAGCAGCAGUCUGCAUUUAUGAGGCUCAAAGAGAAACUGACCACUGCACCAGUGUUGGGGUAUCCCCAAGCUGAAGGGAAGUUCAUUCUGGAUACGGAUGCCUCAAACAACAGUGUUGGUGCUGUUUUGUCACAAGUACAGUGGGGAGAGGAACGAGUUCUGAACUAUGCGAGUAGCCGCCUUUCACCAGCUCAACAGAAGUAUUGUGUCACUCGUCAUGAAUUACUUGCUGUUGUUUGUUUCACACAGCAGUUCCGCCACUAUCUACUAGGUAGAAAGUUUCUACUUAGAACUGACCAUGGCAGUCUCAUCUGGCUUUUUAGGUUCAAAAGUCCUGAAGGACAACUAGCCCGCUGGCUUGAAGAAUUAAGCCAGUAUGACUUUCAGAUUGAACAACGAGCUGGCAAACAACAUGGUAAUGCAGAUGCCAUGUCAAGGAUGCCAGGAGAAAAGGUGGAGAACUGUGACUGUUACCAGGCAGGGAUUAACCUGUCAGAUCUGCCAUGUAAAGGGUGCAGGUACUGCCAAAAAAUUCAUAUCCAAUGGGCUAAGUUUGAAGAUGACUUGGAUGAUGUUGUGCCUCUAGCCUUAAGGUGCAUCCAGCCCAGAAGCAGCACCAGUAAUGGUGAUCAGCCAUCUGUGCACCUACCAGAAAGGCCAGAAGUCAAUUGGGUUGAAUCCCUAAGUCCUGAGCAACUGGCAAGAAACCACCUGCGCACUGCACAAGAACGGCAGAAAAAGGUGCAUGACUUCCGGGCCAAAGAACACUUCUACAGUGUAGGAGAUCUGGUGUUUGUCAGAGACGAUUCAAAGAAGAAAGGGUUAAGCCCUAAGCUUCAGAAGCUAUGGAAAGGCCCGUUAAUUAUUGCAGCUUGCUGUGGUCCUGUGCUGUAUGAAAUACAAGGUCCCAAGCGCAGGACAGUGAUGCACCACGAUCGGCUCAAGCCGUAUGACAGUGACGUGAUACCAGUCUGGGUUUUACGCCAAAGAAGCAGACUGCUUAAGAAUUGCCAAGACCAAGAAUUUCAACCAGCAGAAGAGGAUGUUCCCCUGGUUCCUCUACUACCGCUGUCAGAUGAUCAGGAUGAAGACCUCCAGCCCAAGGAUCCAGGAUGCUGGCCAGAUGGAAGACAGGGGGAUUCAAAUUCUUCAGAAAAGACUGUUAAAACAUCUAGUGGUCGUCUAGUCAAAAGACCGCAGAGAUUUAGGCACUAGUUUAGUUAGUGAGUUAGUUGAAUGUUAGAAUUGCAGAAUUUAAAUAACUUGGUUUAUGUUUUCUUGCCCUUAUGGCAUAUACAUUUCAGUAGUUACGUUCUUAUAACUACCACUUCUUUCUCAAUUUUGGCUGUAUAACUUGUACUGAAGGGACUCAGUAUUCCUAAAAGGGGGGAUAGUGUAAAGAAGGUUCAACUUUAUUAGACCUUAAGCUUGGUUUCGUAGUUUUUAUUUUAGUUUUCCGAGCCUAGUUAGGUCAUUAAAUGCAGCGCAGUUCGAGAGAAAAAGAGUAUCACGAGACUCGAUGUUUAUGUUCUGUUGUUGUUAUGGUUCUCACUGCUCACUGCCCGGAUAUUGCCAAGCGCUGUCUGUGCCAGAGCUAGAGACCAGAAGCGACACGGUUCUUACAUGAGAACAACUCGGUUGUCAUUGUAAUUCAUCUGUUGCUGAAAGAAGUAAAGUUCAUGCAAGAGGUUUUUUCUAUAUUUUUUGUCGCGUAUCUUCACCUACACCAACGCCUCCGUUACCCUGGAAACCAAAAG